ACUGGGUCAGGCAGACUCGAGGCAGGCCGAGUCAGGCCGAGGCUCGAGAGUCGUCCAGGCGUUUUCGGCACGAAGCAGUCCCUUCGAAACCACCCCGACGCCCGUCGUCGCUUCACCAUUCCGUCGGCAUUCCAUUCUUAAAAUUGACGUUCUUUUCAAAAUAAAUUCCAGCCCCGUUGGGACAAGUCGAGCCAUCGUAAAGAAGAUCUGACAAGAGGCAAGAGGGAUUAGGGACUGUUGAGGCGAGGGACACAAGCAGAGACAUGGACAAUGUGCAAAUGAUCAGCACUAAAAUCACAGCGAUCAAGGAAUACUUAUAUAAUUUCGCACGGACGCACUCACCGACCAGACUAAUGAGUUCCGAAAAUACCUACUCGCUCUCCAAGGAGCACUGCAACCUGAAGUAUUCGGACAUCUUACCACACAAUGUAGAAGGCUACCCAGCAACUAGAGAGUUCUUGAUGAAAGUGAUUGAUAUCUUGCUGGAUUUCGUCAAAUCAACCAAUGAUAGAAAUGCGAAGGUUCUCGAGUUCCAUCAUCCUGCUGAUAUGAUGCGUAUACUUGAUCUGGAAAUUCCUGACACUGGAUUAACUCUUCAACAACUUCUACUAGAUUGUUCGAUGACUUUGAAGUAUCAAGUAAAAACUGGGCAUCCACAUUUUUUCAACCAAUUGUCAUGUGGCCUUGAUUUAAUAUCCAUGGCUGGAGAGUGGUUAACUGCGACAGCGAAUACGAAUAUGUUCACCUACGAGAUCGCUCCUGUGUUCAUUCUGAUGGAAAAUGUUGUGCUGCAAAAGAUGCGCGAGCUUAUAGGCUGGAACACGGGCGAUUCCAUCCUCGCUCCAGGAGGAUCUAUCAGCAACCUUUACGCUUUUCUUGCGGCUAGGCACAAGAUGUUCCCGUUAUACAAAGAAAGAGGACUUGCUGCCAUUGGAGGACAGCUGGUUAUGUUCACGUCCGAUCAGUGUCAUUAUUCUGUGAAAUCAUGCGCUUCCGUUUGCGGCCUCGGAACGGAUAACUGUGUGAUGGUGCCUAGCGAUGAGCGUGGUCGUAUCAUUCCGUCGAAGCUGGAGGAACUGAUCUUAGAGCGCAAAGCCAGAGGUCAUAUACCGUUUUUCGUGAAUGCCACUGCAGGAACAACAGUUAUUGGCGCAUUCGACUCGAUCCAGGAACUUGCAGAUAUCUGUCAAAAGUACAAGCUAUGGCUACAUGUGGACGCGGCUUGGGGUGGUGGACUGCUUCUGUCGAGAAAGCAUAGACAUCCGAAAUUGACUGGCAUCGAACGGGCUGACUCGGUGACAUGGAAUCCUCAUAAACUUAUGGGAGCCAUAUUUCAAUGUUCUUCCAUUCACUUUAAGGAGGAUGGGCUACUAAUCAGCUGCAACCAAAUGUCCGCGGAAUACCUGUUUAUGACAGACAAGCUGUAUGACGUGAGGUAUGACACUGGUGAUAAGGUCAUUCAAUGCGGACGUCACAAUGACAUUUUCAAGCUUUGGUUGCAAUGGCGUGCCAAGGGUACGGAGGGUUUCGAAAAGCACAUGGAUCGGCUGAUGGAGUUGACGGAGUACAUGGUUAGGAGGAUCAAGCAAAUGCCUGACAAGUAUUAUUUAAUUCUCGAGCCUGAGUUGGUGAACGUCUGCUUCUGGUAUCUACCGACGCGCGUACGAAAUAUGCCACAUACCGCGGAGAGGAUAAAAAUUUUGGGAGAUAUUUGUCCAAUUUUGAAAGGUCGCAUGAUGCAAUCUGGUACACUGAUGGUUGGUUAUCAGCCGGACGAUCGGCGACCCAACUUCUUCAGAAAUAUCAUCUCCAGUGCCGCGGUGACGGAGGCCGACGUCGAUUUCCUCUUGGCUGAGAUGGACCGACUGGGUCAUGAUUUGUAAGAAAUCUGUCCAUAUAUAGUCUUUAAUCGUACAACAUGUACAGCGAUUAGAUGAUUGACAUGCAUCGUUGGCAAAAUCGCAUCCGCUGAUUCACCUAAGACAAAGGUUCCGAGAUAUGUUCUAAAUAAAAAAUGUGUGUAAUUCGGAGUUAAAAUCAAAAUUCAGAACUACUGUUAUGGAUACACAAAACAUAUAAAGAUAUGUGUUUCAAUGUUACACUAGACAAAAGCACAGACAUUGAACAUAUAUUCAGUUUUAUUGUUCCUAUUUUACGGAAGAAAUGAACUUUUAGCAACAUGAGUUAUUUAUCUCGCUGAUUGGCAGAAGAAUAUUAUCUUGUAAAACAAUAUAAUGUGACAUACAUUAGUCAGUUAUUAAAAACCUCUAUUAUCCGAUUACUCGAAAGACAAAAUAUUCAGAUAAUUAAUCUUUCUGAAUAAUUCAAUAACUACGCAUUGUAAAGUAAAGAAAAUAUUAUAUAAUAUAUUAUAUAGUAUUCUCUAUAUAAAUAUAAAAAAACAAAUAAAUAAUAAAGUAUCUUUUAUUCUUCAUUACGCAUUUUUGCUAAACUGCUAAUUUACAGAUUGUUGAUAAAAUAACUUCAAACUUUCUUCCUGUGCUUUAUAUUACCUAAAGCCUUCUUUAAAACAAUGGUUUAGAAUAUUUUAUAAUUUAAAAUGUACUUGAAUAUUUGGAGAUGUCAUUUUUUGAAAUAUAAAAUCAUUUUUAUAGAAAAAUUCUAAAAUAUAGAUUUAUAGAUUCGUUAUUUCUAAUCAAACUUUCCGUAAUUUUUCUGAUAAUUUUAUUAUUAUAUGUUUUGUCAUUUAUAGCUCCUUUACAAUAUAGCUCAUUUACAAGUCCUUUCUCCUUGCACAUAUGUUUGAACGUACUCGUAUAAACUUAUAUAUAUAUGUGUGUGUGUGUGUGAUAUGUUUAUUUUCGUUUCUUAGAUCCUACUAUCUGUAUGAUUGACGUUCAGUUAGACGGUAUUCGGAUAACAGAGGUUCUAGAUUUGAUUUCAUGUCUAAAUUUUACUCCAA